AAAUAGGGUCUCGCAAUGGCCAUGGCUGGCUUCACUACGAUCUGCAGGGUCCUGGGCUGUAGCUGCCCCGGCGGGGUCGUGCUCUGGAGGCUGAGGACUGGCGCUGCCGGUGCUCCGUGCGCAGGAACGCGGAGACCAGCGACCGAACCUCCGGACCCCGCAUUGCUGCCCACUUGAGAUCUGGUGCGAAAUUUUUCCUGCUGUCCGGAAGACUUCUUGGGAGAAGGGACGGCGAGAACCUGGGGGAAGCGAAAAGAACAACACCUUUUCCGCCUGUCGGUGUCGCGCAGUGGGGAAGCCCAGCCAUGCUCCUGUCUCUCCUGGUGGCGUUGUGCCUGUGGCUGCGCUUGGCGCUGGGUGUACGCGGCGCGCCCUGCGAGGCGGUGCGCAUCCCCAUGUGCCGGCACAUGCCCUGGAACAUCACGCGGAUGCCCAACCACCUGCACCACAGCACACAGGAGAAUGCCAUCUUGGCCAUCGAGCAGUACGAGGAGCUAGUGGACGUGAACUGUAGCGCGGUCCUGCGCUUCUUCCUCUGUGCCAUGUACGCACCCAUUUGCACGCUAGAGUUCCUGCACGACCCCAUCAAGCCAUGCAAGUCGGUGUGCCAGCGUGCACGCGAUGACUGUGAGCCACUCAUGAAGAUGUACAACCAUAGCUGGCCCGAGAACCUGGCUUGCGACGAGCUGCCCGUCUAUGACCGUGGCGUGUGCAUCUCACCUGAGGCCAUCGUCACCGACCUCCCCGAGGAUGUCAAGUGGAUAGACAUCACUCCAGAUAUGAUGGUACAGGAGCGGCCUCUUGAUGUUGACUGCAAGCGCCUCAGCCCUGAUCGAUGCAAGUGCAAAAAAGUCAAGCCAACUUUGGCAACAUAUUUGAGCAAGAACUACAGUUAUGUUAUUCAUGCCAAAAUAAAAGCUGUACAGAGGAGUGGCUGCAAUGAAGUGACAACAGUGGUGGAUGUGAAAGAGAUCUUCAAGUCCUCAUCACCCAUCCCUCGCACUCAAGUCCCACUGGUUACAAAUUCCUCCUGUCAGUGUCCCCAUAUCCUACCGCAUCAAGAUGUUCUCAUCAUGUGUUAUGAGUGGCGUUCGAGAAUGAUGCUCCUUGAAAAUUGCUUAGUUGAAAAGUGGAGAGACCAACUUAGUAAAAGAUCCAUACAGUGGGAAGAGAGGCUGCAGGAACAGCAGAGAACAAUCCAAGACAAGAAGCAAACCACCGGGCGCACCAGCCGUAGUCAUCCCCCCAAACCAAAGGGAAAGCCACCUGCUCCUAAACCAGCCAACACCAAGAAGAACAUUAAGACUAGGAGUACUCAAAAAAGAAAAAACCCAAAGAGAGUGUGAGCUAACUGCCUUCCAGAAUGGCGAUCUCCUUCCAGGAUGAGGCCAGGCAUUGCCUGGAACACACCCCUAGCCCUAACACCUCCCUGCAGCACUCUGCGUAGACACAUCUUGCAGUAGUUUCCUUAGCAUUGUGCUUCACUUUUUCUCUCUAAGACAUCACAGAGUGACUUAACAGCCAUCAUGGUAGUUUGCCAUUGGAACUGAAGAAUGAAGUAAAGCUGGUGGAAAAUGCCUAGUACAUCCUGAGUAGCCUGUGUGUGUACUCUGAAUGAUAUUCUGGGAAAAGUUCUUACAGUUCGGCCUAGGACGUACAUUAUGAAAUGAAUGCUGUGUUUCGAACAAAACCCUUAAUGGUUAACAAUAUUUUUAUUUCUGUUGAUUUAUUAAAAUGUUAGCAACAUCUGAAAAUGUAAUAGAAGAUAAAAUGCUUCCAAGGAAUAAGGAAGAGCAAAUCAUGUAAAAAGACCUUUAUGUGUUUUUCGUCUACAAUGAGAGUUUUGUGAUGAAGGAGGAUUUGGGAAAAAUUUAGGGAAGUAGGAUGUGGGAAAGUGUUAUGUUUAUGUGUUUUCUUUAUUUUUUUUUUACAAAGAUGACUUUCUGCUCUACUUUUAGCUAGAAACUCUAAAAAUUAAAAUAGCAAUAGUAAUACAUAAAUAAAAAGGAGAAGCAGACAGAUCAUAUCUGGAUUCUUGUUCUUUGGUCCUUGUGCCAUGAUGAAGAGAAUGUGAUCUUUUUUAUGAUCAGUUGCUUCUUGCCAUAAGUAGUACCAGGAACUGUGAGUUUGUCUCAUGAUAAUCGGGGCAUCAGUUAGUCGAUUCUCAUGUAUUUCACAUCCACAACAGGAGAGGUAUGUCAUUCAUCUCAACUUCCAGGCAUCCUGGAGUUAUGAUCACCAAGCCUGAAAGAAUGUUCUCUUUGCUGAUUUCUGGUGCUCUCAGAAUGUCUGUGAAGCGUUGGUGAGAGGGCUGCAACACCAACUGACUCUUAUCCAUCGACUCUGCACCUGGAGGAAGAGGCUGAGACCCCCUGUCCAUCCACUAUGCACAGAGAUGGCAGAAUGCUCUAGAAAGCUCAAGACUAAUUCCUCUUUAGAUA